CAUCCUGAACGGCGGCAGACUAUUGAGUGCGCAAUGGUUCUUGACCCGGCGAGUCUGCUGUGAGUCGCGUCCCCACCACGGCCACGCCGACGAUGGUCGCCGCCUGUCGCCUCCUCGGUAGAGCCUGCUAGCGCCUUGGAGAUUCUCCCGCCAAACAUGCGCGGCCAGCAGAGUUUCCCGCGCGUCCUCGUCCUCUCCCUCCUCGUUAUCUCGCUCUGGGGGGUCGUGGUUGGGUCCAAAAUGUCUGCCCGAAGCGCGCACCACCGGCCGCUGACCGACGAGCAGACGGCCGACCAGAACCUGCAGUUCAUGUUGAGUUUGUACCGCAGCGCGGCGAGACCAGACGGCAGACCCAAACAAAACCGGAAGUUUGGAUCCAACACGGUGCGCCUGCUCAAACCCUCCACGUCCGCGGUGCACUACCUGCCCGCCUCCACAGACCACCACUACACCUUCACAGUCCAGUACCACCUGGACACGCUUCCUUCCGAGCAGCUGAUCAGAGCCUCCUUCGUCCACCUGCGCUCUUCGUCUUCCCCCGCGUCUCCAAACUCAGAUCGGGCGGAGGUCGCGCCUCGGUGCCGAGCCCGGAUCAAGUCACUGGGCAGGGAGAGCCUGGUCACCAUGGAGCCCCACCAGCAGUGGACAGAGACGGACAUCACUGAUCACGUCCUCCUGGGCAAAGAGGACGGCGGCGGCACCGUGAGCCUCACGGCCCAGUACUGGUGCAGCGAGCACAGGCGGUUUGAAGAUGAGGGUGACGGCCUCUCUCGGGGGUGGGCUCGCUUUCUCGGAGGAAGGAAAUGGCGAGGGGAGUCCCACCUUGAAGCCCCAUCGCUGCUUUUGUACCUGGAAGAGGAGCGUGACGGCAAGGACUGGAUGGUGGAGUUGUCCGGGGAAAAAGGGGACGACCUCAUGAAGCGAUUAGGCAGGUGGCACCCCUUUGUUCGCCAUCGCCGCUCCACAGAAAGCAAAGAUCCCCUCUUGGAUCCCCUGACCACGCCCACCGCCGCCUCCGUCAUCUCUGACCUCCCCAAGUACAAACUCAAAGUGAGCGCGCCCAAAAACCGCUGCAAGCUGCACUCCUUCCGCCUGUCCUUCGACGAGCUGGGCUGGGGUCACUACAUCGCGCCGCUGGUCUACAACCCUCGCUUCUGCCAGGGCGACUGCCCCCGCGUGCUGACCUACGGCUACCACUCGCCCAACCACGCCAUCAUUCAGACCAUCAUCAACGAGCUGGGGGUGGGCGACGUGCCGCCGCCGUCCUGCGUGCCCUACAAGUACAUGCCUAUGAGCGUGCUGGUGGUGCACAAGAAGAAGGUGGAGUACAAGGAGCUGGAGGACAUGGUGGCCGAGUCGUGCACAUGCCGCUAGACAGGAAGUUGUUCUUUCAGAGUAAAAGCACUUUAAAUUAGGCCCUUGACGGCCUUUGAACUGCUGAGCUGGGUCGUUUGUUAUGGCUAUUUCAACCAAAUAAAUAUUCCCAACGUGCUGAAAACCAAAAACAACCUCAUCCCGUCCAACCAUCAUGUCCUCUCUCUUGAGCCGUGUGCUCACCUUCAGUCGUGUUUUUAACAAUCUUUGCAUCACAUCAAGGCUGAAGAACUCACAGGAGGCCAGAAGUAGGGGGGUUUUUGUGCACAUUUCUUACAAAGAUGAUUUUAAAGUGUCGGAUGUAAAAAAAAAAAAAAAAAAAAAAAAAAAACGCAAAUUCCCUGUGACGUGUCAUGCUUACACUUUUGCACUUUGUAACUAUUUAUAUAGCAGGAGGAGGAGGAGGGGGUGUUCAGACAAGAGUGUCCAUGUGUCAAGAAUGCAUUCUUUUUAUUAUGAGUGAAAAUUAAUAAUAAAAUAAACCUGCAUGUUUUCUAAA